CCUGGUUCUCCACGUGCUUCCAGCAGCGCUGGAGCUGCCCGAGCCGGAGCGGAGCCGCUGUUCUCAGCUGCAGCCAGGAUCUGCCCCCGGCCCCGCUGGGAUCCAGACAGGCUGCAGAAUGACGUCCAUGUUUUGCUCCAGCUCAUCCCAGCCUGGCGUGGGACAGGGAAGAGAAAUGGCUGCAGUGGAGUCAGUCCAGGUAGAGAUUAUCGGGGGGUUGCUGGUGGGUUCCUACUGGAGGAAAGGGAGAGCAAAUACACCAGAGGGGCCGGUGACCUUUGAGGAGGUGGCUGUGUAUUUCACCAGGGAAGAGUGGGCUCUGCUGGACCCCGCUCAGAGAGCCCUCUACUGGGAUGUCAUGCAGGAGAACUAUGAGACGGUGGUCUUGCUGGGCCAGAGAAUAACAUCCAUGUUUCGCUGCAGAUCAUCUCGUCCUCCCAGGGGCAAGGAAAUGGCUGCAAUGGAGCUGGCUCAGGGGCCGGUGACCUUCGAUGAGGUGGCUGUGUAUUUCUCCAGGGAAGAGGGGACUCUGCUGGACCCCACUCAGAGAGCCCUCUACAGGGAUGUCAUGCAGGAGAACUUUGAGACGAUGGUCUUGCUGGGUCAGGAUUCCUGUCCCUUCUGUUCUUGGAAGGGGAAAUGAAGAGU